CGACAUGAAAUCCGGAUAAACUACACUGAAUGGUGCGGUUUAUGUCCUAAAAUAUGUAAUUACAAAUAACCAUUAGGAUUUUUUAAGAGAAAAAUUCAAAUAUUUCCUUUACAUACAAGCAUUAUUAGGAGCCGUAGUCUUUAGUUUCAGUUUUUAAACAACAUAGUUAAAUACGUUUAUUUUAUUGUGAAAAAUAGCCGUCAAACCGGAAGUGCUUCCGUUCUCGUAAUUCACCAGCAGAAAGCUAAAAGCGACUAGAUUUAUUUAGUAAAUUUAACCCACAGACUGACAGGAUCCCUCCAAAGGCUUAUACCGCGAACAAAGAAAACUUAAAGGCAACUUUCUCCUCAUCCGCUGCGUUCGUUGGUUGUUAUUAAGCCGUAAUGAGCGCCAACGCUCCCGGACAGGGCUUCCAGAACAAGACCCGUGUGGCCAUCCUGGCGGAGCUGGAUAAGGAGAAGAGGCGGCUGCUGCAGAGCCAGUCCAUGAACAGUCCCGGAGCCAACAUCCCGUUGUCGGCCCGGAGCAGCCUGAAGGAGGUGAGGGACAGCGCCGAGCAGCAGCACAUUGCCGCCCAGCAGAAGGCCGCCCUGCAGCACGCCCAUGUCCACUCCUCCGGCUUCUUCAUCACCCAGGACUCUUCAUUCGGGAACCUCAUCCUUCCGGUGCUUCCUCGGCUGGAGCCCGACUUCUGACUUUACAAUCCGACCCUCCGACUUGAGAUCCCAAAGCGGACUCUGUAGGCGCUGAUCUGAAUAGUGGCGGCAUAGUGUUUACCUGGUCAGUUUUUAUGAUCAGAGAGAAACAGGUUAAUUCUGGUUCAGAUGUUGGUCAUAAACCUCCAGCUAAGAAGCUUCGGGUCUAUGUCAGGUUUACUUUCUGUUUCCGUUUUAAGAAGAAGACCAGCAGGAAAUAUUUAAGUUGUUGGACCACAUCUUGCUGUCAAAACAGAGUUUAUUGUUUACACGAAUGGUGGUUUUUGAUAUAGGCGUUAUGGCUCUCUGCCCAGAGCGCCCUUCAGUCAGGGGGUGUAAGAGCACUUACUGUUUUCUGUUGCUUAUUGCCCUGUUUAGUUAGUGUAGAUUAGAUAUCCUCUCAUGUUGUGAAGUGCAAGCACUGUUAGAAAACAUGGCUGCUCAUGUCUUUCUUUCUUUCUAUCUUUCUUUCUUUCUUUCGUACGUGUGUGCAAGGACCCCCACUGUUGUUACUGUUACACUCUUUUUAUACUACAGGUUUGUUGUCCUUAAGUUUGCAACAUUACAGGGUUUAUUUUUGCAAUUUCUAUUCAGAAGUGCGUGUGUAUAUAUUCUGUGUGACGUUGGGCCGGCAUGCUGACUGGCUGUUUGAGUAUUUCUUUUUCUUUUCUGCAGUCAAACCUUUUGAAUGUAUGCAGAAAUGUGGCUUUGUAAUAUGUAGCUGAAAACUGCAUAGAAAUCUUUUAAGCUAAAAUUGUUUGCCUUUAUGUUGUAAGAUUUCAAAGUGAAUGUUACAAAGUUAAGCUGUCACCUCUAAAUUGUAUAAAUAUCAGCGUAAGUGUAAAUUGCGUUUUUUUUAUUUUUUUACUUAAAUAUAUAUUAUUUUUAUAGCGCAGUCCCAACCUGUGGAAUCCUUCUGGAAAGAUGGUUUUCAUGAUGUUGAAAAUGUGGUGUCCUCUUAAAUCUGCUAGAAUUUCUUCUUUGACUCUUUAUGUAAAGUAAAUUUAAACAAUAAAAUGAGUAAAACUCAA